CUGCACGACAGCGCAGCAUAAACUCAAACAAACCUUUUUUUCUUUACGUGGUGAAGUCAAAUGAAUUCAAACUGACAUUACCCGCAAAAUCGUACCCGAAGCCUCAUUAUAAAUCAUUGUACCAUUAUACCGUUGCGAUGUAAGACAGUCUUUGGCGACCAGGUUGCCGAACACGGCGAUGGCAGCCCAGUUCGGUAGGAUAUGCAUUGUGGUGUUUGCGCUUGUCGCCACUGUAUUGCAAGUCAGUGGAAAUGAGGAGUCGAAGUUGAUUGCAGAUAAGUUUAAAAACUACAAUAAAAACAUUCGACCAGCCAGAAACCCUGAAGAAAAAGUGAAGGUUCAAGUCAAGUUAACCCUCACCAAUCUGAUCUCAUUGAAUGAGAAAGAGGAAACUCUUACUACAAAUGUCUGGAUUGAGAUUCAAUGGGUGGAUUAUCGACUUACAUGGAAUACAUCUGAUUAUCAUGGUAUUGUCCAGAUCCGUGUGCCAUACAACACUGUCUGGCUGCCAGAUAUAGUAUUAGAAAAUAACAUUGAUGGCAAGUUUGAUGUGGCAUACUAUGCUAAUGUGCUGAUUUCAAAUGAUGGAUCUAUGUACUGGCUUCCCCCUGCCAUCUACCGCAGUACCUGUGCGAUCGAGAUCACCUACUUUCCUUUUGACUGGCAGAACUGCACUCUAGUUUUUAGGUCUCAGACAUACAGUGCUAAUGAAAUCAAUAUGAUAUUGGCAGAAGAUGAAAACGGGAAGCCUAUUGAGUGGGUGGACAUUGACCCUGAGGCUUUCACAGAGAAUGGAGAGUGGGCCAUCAAGCAUCGCCCGGCCCGUAAGCUGACAAACCCACGUUAUUCUCCAGAUGAUCUGGAGUACCAGGAGGUUUAUUACAAUCUAAUCAUCCAGAGGAAACCACUCUUCUACAUUAUCAAUAUCAUCCUGCCCUGCUCUCUCAUCUCCUCGCUGGUCGUUCUGGCCUACUUUCUACCUGCUAAAGCUGGAGGCCAGAAGUUGACCGUGUCAAUUUCGGUAUUGUUGGCUCAGACUGUGUUUCUUUUCCUGAUUGCCCAGAAAAUUCCAGAGACGUCCCUCUCUGUGCCUCUUAUUGGCAAAUAUUUAAUUUUCGUCAUGUGUAUGACCACGCUGAUCGUCACCAACUGCAUCAUUGUCCUCAACUUCUCCCUCCGCAGUCCCAGUACACACAACAUGUCGCUCACCAUCAAACAUAUUUUCCUUGAGGUGGUCCCACGUUUCCUUGGCAUGGCCUCGUUUCUGGAUGAGGACGAGCCGGGAGGUGGGGCGCAUGAAAUGAGAGAGAGGAGACGCAGUUCAUUUGGACUGAUGCAGAGGGCAGAAGAAUACGUAUUGAAACAGCCACGCAGUGAGAUGAUGUUUGACAAACAGAGAGAGAGACAUGGACUCAUGCGCUCAAUUGUGGAUGAAAUUGAUAUAAGCAAUACGGCGAACCUCUACAAGAGUCUGGCUAAAACAGCACCGGAGAUAAAAGAAUGUGUAGAUGCCUGUAACUUCAUUGCUGAAUCCACCAAGCAGCAAAACGACAUUGGAUCUGAGAUGGAGAGUUGGGUGCUGAUUGGUAAGAUGAUUGAUAAAGUUUGUUUCUGGGCAGCCAUCCUGCUGUUCUCCAUUGGCACAGUUGCCAUUUUCCUCAUGGGUCACUAUAACCGGGCACCUGAGUACCCAUUUCCUUGGGAGAACAAAAAGUAUGUUCCUGAAUAGAGGCUCUGAUGAUGAUGACUCUGCCCAACAUAUACAAAGUUGGAUUGAGCUAAAAAGACAAUACUUGGUAUACUUACCUGCCGCAUAGGAUAGCACGAGAGAAGCUUUACAGCUGGAUAUGCACAUGAUUUGAACAGUUUGAUUUAAACUGAUAUGAAAUCUUGUCUUAUAUUUAAUUUGAGGUACUAUGGGCUGUCUGCAUUACGUUUUUGUACUCUGAUUAUAUGUCGUGAAUGCACUUUUUUAUUUUAGAACAUUUAAAGGCGGAGUCCAUGAUGUUUGAAAGCUAAUGUUGAUAUUUGAAAUCACCUAAACAAACACGCCCCUUCCCCAAUAGAAUCUGGACCUUCUGUUGAUAGACCCGCCCCACACAUACGCAAACCGGCAUUUGAUUUGAUUUGAUUGGCUAUAAGUGUGUUUUGGUAGUCGGCCCGUCUCCUUUUCCAACGCGUUUUCCAACAUCGUGGACUCCACCUUUAAAUUUAGAAGUUGAAAAGGGCUCAUUGCUGUAUACAAACAUUGCUCUGUCAUUUGUAAGUCGCUUUGGAUAAACAGAUUUGCUAAAUGACUAAAUGUAAAUGUAUAAGCAAUACCAUUUAAAUUUGUAAAUUAAUAGGCAUAACUAAGCCCAUCAUAACUUACCAUGCAGUGGCUCUCCAACUCCAGUGAAAUGAUGCUAAGCCAUGUUGCCAUCUCUGUUUACAGUAUGUAUUACUGUUAAAAGUUUGUGUUACUUCAGUCACUGUAUUAUUUCCUUUACUAAUCAAUAGUCAAUAUUUACAAAUGCAGUUUUUACUAUUAAGAUUACCAAUGCAUGUCAGUUUGUGUUUGUUCUUCUGUUUAUUUCUGUUAUUUCUAAAUGAUUUCAUUCAUUUUACUUUUGCAUUAAUCUAUAUGCACUAAAACCUCUAAAAAAUAAAAUAACCAAAACACAACGAA